CGCUGGGAGCGAAGCGGAAGGACGCAUCAUGUCGAUAGAAGACCCGUUUUUCGUUGUGAAGGGGGAGGUGCAGAAGGCCCUCUCUCGUGCUCGGGGCCUGUUUGAUAGGUGGGAGGAACUGCUGCAGGAUGGGACACAGGUCAGUCGGGACGAGCUGGACUGGAGUGCCAAUGAGCUGAGGAACUGUCUAAGGGCCAUAGACUGGGACCUGGAGGACCUCAGUGAAACCAUCAGUAUUGUGGAGUCGAACCCGGGGAAGUUCAGACUGGGAGACAAUGAACUUCAAGAGAGGAGAGACUUUGUGGAGCGAACCAGGAAAUCUGUCCAGGAGUUGAAGGAUCAGUUGUCCAGCCCUUCUGCUGUGGCUCAGGCAGAGAAGAAGAACAGGCAGGCUCUGCUGGCUUCUACAGGCCAGGACAGGUCGACAGGACUGGAGGCUCAUCUGGUGUCCGCAAACUCCAGAUACAUCCAGGAGCAGCAGGAACAACAGCAGCUCAUCAUGCAGGAGCAGGAUGAGCAGCUGGAGUUGGUGUCGGGCAGCAUCAGAGUCCUGAAAGACAUGUCGGGACGCAUUGGAGACGAGCUGGAUGAGCAAGCUGUGAUGUUGGGGGACUUUGGAGACGAGAUGGACCAGACGUCGUCCCGCAUGGACUCGGUCCUGAAGAAGCUGGAGAAGGUGUCUCACAUGACCAGCAGUCGGAGGCAGUGGUGCGCCAUCGGUGUGCUGGUCACCAUCAUGAUCGUGGUCCUCAUCCUCUUCUUCGCUCUCUGAUGUCAACGACCUCCGACCUCUCCACUUCGCUCACUGACUCCUCUCUGUCCGGAGGGUCGGUCAGUUGGUUGGUCGGUCGGAUGGAUGGAUGGAUGGAUUGACAGAUACAGGAAGAGGAGGGACGUGUCUCUCCUCUUCCUCCCCCUCCCUUCCGUCCCUUCUUUUCUUCACACUGGUGACCGGCAGAGAGAAGUUCAGCUGCGACUCUCGUCUCUCUGCUUUUACUGAAUCUAGUGAGGGGAAAAAAAAAAAAAAACCAGCUGGGGACUGUCAGCAGCAGAGCUUAGCAUGGGGGGGGGGGCAAGACCCCGCUGGUGUUAUGGAUUUGAUAUUGGUACAUUUUGAUUAUUGUGGGAAAUAACGGUACAGGACAGGAAGCUGCUGCUUUCAGGUUAAAAACACAAAUCUGUGGCUUCAAAUUAGUUUCAUUGAUAAAUCAGUGAAUGUCACUUUAGUAACACCAUUUCAACACUCUCUUCAAAACUCAGAGACACUCAUUCCUCAUUUUGAACAAUGCUGUUCUCUGUAAUGUACCACAAACUUUAUCUAGUCUGUUGGUAAAAGUUUUCCAGGAGACGGACUGUUUCUGUAAACAAAAUGUCAAUGAAAACAGCUAAUGGGGCUUAUUGAUCUGAGCUGGCCGGUGAAACCUGACUCUUGGCAGGUUCACCAGCCAAGAAGUAGUUUUUAGAAGCUGCCAAAUAUCGAUUUAUUAACUGUUAAAUCAGGAAACUUGAGUUGUUUGUGUUUUUAGCCGACAGCAGCAGCAGCGA